AAAAGACGAAAGAAAACAAAAAAAGGAAAAAAAAGAAAAAAGAAAAAAAGAAACCCUAGGGGGGUUUCAUCUUCUUCUUCUUUCUCCACCUUGUACUGCCAACCACCUCCUCCCCUCUUCUCUCCAGCGACGGCUGGCAACCCUCCGGCUCCGACGACUUCGCGCACUCCCCACCGAGUUCAGACUCACGCCCUCUUUUCGAGUUUCGUCUCUAACGACCUCGAUCACCUCAGACCACGGGUGCGAACUUCAAGCUUUGAUGACCCAUCUUUGCGCGACCUCACCAACGAGCAGCAGCGAAGACCGCAGACCCCGGCGACUUGUCGCUACGCACCGAACGCAUACGUUCAGCAUAUUUUCGAUGGUAGCAAACUGGGUUUCACGACCCGCUCUGUGAAGGCGUUAUUUUUAUCGGUGACGAUAUAGUUAAGCGGUGGAGCUAGCCUUCGACGUGAACACCCAUUUUGCAGUGUUCCUCACCUCUUCUGCGAGCUUCGACUUUGACCCACACUCGGUUUGGCAUCGAAUUGGGUUACUUUCGAAUCGUUUUGUCCACAACCCAUAGGGUUCAGAUCUACAAGUUCGGACGUUUUUGAAAACUGACCAGCAGAGCUCAGAGCUCUUUUUGACUGUUACACUAGUGAAAAUGGGUUCUCCGAUCGAGGAAGAGGCGAGCAAUCCGUUAACAGAUGAAAUUAAGGAUUCUGGUGUCGAAAACUUUGACGAUGGGAGCAAAGAGAUGUUUGAAAAGAGGUCUGAGACUCGAGAGCGGAAGAAGAGCAAGUACUUGUCUUUUCCGUAUAUAAACUGGGGACGGAAAGUUAUGCCAGCUGAAACAGAAGAUAUUAAGUUUCUUAAAAUUUCUGGUGAAGGCGAGGAUGAAAAUGCAAUUGAGGGCCAGAAUGAAACCCCAUCGCUAUCUAAAUGCAGUGGCAGGUUCUGGAAGAAGUGGUACAGGAAUAUCACCAGUGGUAAUGAUAUUCCAGAUAAUCAAGACUUGAUGAGUGCAUCGCCAGCAGAGUUUCUCUCUGAGCUUCACUUUACUGCAGUAAAUUGUCUUUAUCCAAAUGAAAACAACAACUUUGAUGCAGUUGCUCAGUUCUUCUCCAGAUUUAGAAUUUUGAUGUUUCAUGAUGAAUCUGUCAAUGGUGGUCAAAAUGAGGCAAUGGCUGCGGAUUUAUUUUUUCUUGGGGGAAAGGUGUCAGAGGUUAAGCAUCCUUCUUCGGCUGUUAAAUCUGGGAUCAAGAAAAGAAAAAGUCAGGCAAGUUCUAUUAUGAAAAUGGACGAUACGAAAUCUAAACACGUCUCUGGUGAUGUGGAUUUGACUGGAAAUGCUGAAACAAGUCCUGCAGGAGAUGCCGACAACAAAAGCCCUCCGUCUUCCAAUGUUAAAUCAAACAAAGAUAAAGAAAGCUUGUGUAGAGAAUUCGUUGAUAAUGAAGACUUGAUGAGUGGAUCGCUAGCUGAGUUUCUUUCUGAGCUUCAUUUUACUGCUGUAGAUUGUCUUUAUCCAAAUGAAAACAACAACUUUGGUACAGUUGCUCAGUUUUUCUCCUUAUUUAGAAUUUUAAUGUUAUUGGGGGAAAAGGUGUCAGAGGAUAAGCCGCAGCACGCUUCUUCGGCUGCUAAAUCCAGGAUCAAGAAAAGAAAAAGUCACGCAAGUUCUAUUAAGAAAAUGGAAGAGAUGAAACCAGUGUCUGGUGAUGUGGAUUUGACUGGAGAAGUUGAAAUAAGUCCUGCAGGAGAUGCACGGAAAAAAACCCCUUUGACUUCUAAUGUUAGAUCAAAAAAAGAUAAAGAGAGCUUGGGGAGAUUGAAGACUAAGUCCCUUUCUGCCUUGUCAGAUGUGAACAUAGCCCUUUCUCCCUGUAGCUUACUCGCAAAAGAUUCACCUGAGGCUGGACCCCUCUCACCCAAUGGUUUACCAAAGCGAAGGAAGAGAAAGAACAAUGGAGCACAUCCUCAGAGUAAACCAACAACUGAGAUACCAGAUUUAAAUGGAAGUGGUACCGUAGCUGGCUUGUUGGUUGAAGAUCAGCAGGCUGUGAGCCAUGUUGCUUCCCAGCAAAAGCAUGAGCCAAAAAAGAGAAGGAAACGUGGAGUUUCUAAGGAGCAUUCAAAGGCGUCUACUGAAUUCAUAAAUGUAAAUGUGAAUGACAGCAAUAAACCUGGUUCGUUUUUCAUUGAUCUACAGGUUACAGCUUCACAACCAUUUGCUGUAAUUCCAGAACAAAAUAAUGUCGAUUUUGCAGGAGCGCCUAACCAGUCGGUGAAAGAUCAGACCAUUGGCCAGAAUCAGAGCAAAUCUGGGGGCAAAAAGCGAAAGAGGAAGGAGAAAUCACCCUUGGCAGAUCCAAAUACUAUUUUAUCUUAUUCCAAUGGAACGGGUACUGACGCCAGUCAAGGGAAAGAUUCCCAGUUGACUAACAACCUUCCUCCGCAGCCUAAACCUAAAAGGAGGAGGAGGAGAAAAGGUCAAGCUAGUUUGAACCAUCCAAAUCCUUCUGACAGCAGAUCAUAUAUCUAUAAUAGAGUUGAAACUGAUGGUGAAGGUUUAGGAUCUCUUCUUCUCUUGACUUUCUCUUCAGAAGCUCCCUUGCCUCCGCGGGAGCAAGUUAUUACUACGUUUAGCCAGUUUGGAUCAUUGAAGGAAUCGGAGAUACAGUUGAAAGAUUCAACUGUUGAGAUAGUUUUCCUCCGAAGCGUCGACGCUAUGGAAGCCGUUCGGAGUUUAAAGAAGAACAACAUUUUUGGCCCAACUCUUUUAAAAUAUCAGCUUUAUCAUCUCUCAGCUCCCCCCAAGACAUCAGACUCGGACAGGGCUUGCACAGCACUGGCCUAUCCGGCUUCUGAGGGCACUCUGAACCCAUCAAAGUCUGCUGAAUCAGGAAAUCAAGCAGGUGAUGCACCACCUAUAGAGUUCAUAAGGAAAAAUCUUCAGAUGAUGACAUCAAUGCUUGAGAAGUCAGGAGACAAUCUCUCCCCAGACAUGAGAGCCAAAUUGGAGUGCGAUAUUGAAGGCCUCCUCAAGAAGGUGAGUUCCAUGGCAGGGCCUUCCUCAACGUAACACAGCCAUUGUGAAUUGUCUUUGAUCAGGUUUGAUCAAACCCCUCGUUAGUCUUGUCGAUGUAUUGUAGGUGUAAUUUAUGUAUUCGAGGACACAAAUAUCGUAGGUGGAGCUUCUUGUUUUUAUUACUACUUUUAGUUUUCCUCUUUUCUCUUCAGUUACAGGAUCGUGUAAGCAAUGUGGAGCCUUUUGUAUUCCAUGAGAUGAAUUUAGCAGUGACCAUCUUUAUUUAGUC